AUGAAAGUAUCAACAACUUCUUCCUUGGCUUUGGCUUCUUUAUUGGUAGCUGCAAAUGCUGCUCCAAUCAUUUUAACUCAAAUCGUUACUGCUCCUGCUAUAACUGAUCUUAUUACUGUUACAACUGAUGCCAUUAUUAAAACUCAUACUAAUUUAAUUGUUGUUUAUACCCCACCACCUCAAUUACAAGUUGAUCCAACUACCACUAGUCCAACAACUACUUCGACUGCGGUUCCAACUACUACAAUCCUUCCACCACCACCUCCAACUACCACUUCUACAACUACCAGUACUCCAACUACUACAAGUACUACUCCUACUACUACUUCUACUACUCCAACUACUACAAGUACUCCAACUACUACUACUACUCCAACAACUACUAGUACUACUCCAACCACUACAAGUACAACUCCUACUACUACUUCUACUACUACUACUCCAACAACCACUUCCACCACUCCAACUACUACUAGUACUACCCCAACUACUUAUCCUGCUGUCGAUACUACCACCAGUUCUACCAGUACUACUCAAGAUCAAACCACCAGUUCAACUCAACAAGGUGAUGCUUUCACUUCUGAUGUUCAAUUCGAAUCUGAUAUUUUAACUGCCCAUAAUGAAAAGAGAGCUUUACAUGGUGUUCCACCAUUAGUUUGGGAUAAUACUUUAACUCAAUUUGCUUAUAAUUACGCUAUUAAUAAUUAUAAUUGUAAUAAUGUUCAAUUGAUCCAUUCUGGUGGUCCAUAUGGUGAAAACUUAGCUGCUGGUUACUCAGGUGGUUAUGAUCCAGUUGAUGCAUGGUAUAAUGAAAUUUCUCAAUAUGAUUUCAGUGAUCCUGGUUUCAGUGAAGCUACUGGUCAUUUCACUCAAGUGGUUUGGAAAUCUACUUCUACAUUAGGAUGUGCAAGAAUUACUUGUGAUAACGCUUGGGGUCAAUAUACCAUUUGUGAAUAUUCCGAUACAAGAGGUAAUAUCAUUGGUACUGAUCCUGCUACCGGAUUAAAUUUCUUUGCUGAAAAUGUGGUUCCACCAUUAAGUAGUAGUUAA